AUGCAGACAACGUGCUUGUGCAGCGCCCCCUUCCCCCCAUUCCUGCAUUGGAACAAGAAAGAUAGCAGUGGCUUCAUUUCAAUUGAAAUUCAUUUUCUUUACCAUAUCGUAUUACCGAUCGUUUCGAGCCGAAAUAUUUUUUGUGUACCAAAUCAGGCUAAAAAGUUUCGACAUUCAACCCAACUACACAUUUAUUCAAAUUUCUUCAAAUUUCUACAAAUUUCCGCCAACAUGAUCUCACCUACAAGUCCGAAACUCAAGCAAGUUUCCACAAUAAACAGCGAUAUAAGAAGCGGAAGAGCACUGGCGAAAAGCGCAGCUUCCAACACGCCAUCCAGCAGUCUUUCAAACACCCGAAAUAACCGGUCGCCCAAUCCGCCAACCAAACGCUACUCGACUCAUGAUAUCUCUUCGGUGCCACAACUGCCGGAAAUGUCCAACGAACAGGUGUUCGAUUUGAUGGAGAAGGAACAAGACAAGAUCGUGGUGAAAAUGACACGUGAGAUCAGCCAGCUCCAGGAAGAACUUAAGGCAUUGAGAGCACAAUCCAGCAGUCGCAAUCGCCGGUCGUCUUCGAUAUCUUCCAAUGCCUCCUUGGAAAUUCCCCGGGGCGAAGCCCAUACGGCGGCGACAAUAAGGCGCUCCUCGUCAAGCUCACACACUCACCAGCUUCCCCAGGCCCAAUUGCAUGAAUUGGCACAAGAAAAUGCUGCACUCAAGCACGAGAACGAAGCGUUGAAGCGCGAGAUAGAAUCGCUAAAGGCACAAUUACGGUAG